CCGCCAUCUGAGCAACCUCAUCGCUCCCGCCCCCGCCGCCCCAAUCACCAGCCACAGAGGUGGUACAUCAAACAUGGUUGCCGCUGGGUCUAUCGCCGUAGCUGUCCGCGUCCGCCCGCCAACAACAUGGGAGGGUUCACGACUUCCACAAACCACUUACGACAACUGCAUACGGACGGACGGAGCGCUCUCCAUCUCUCCGGCAAAGUCUGUCACGAAUAACGCGCCUCUUCGCGACGUCAUUCAGAUUGUUGACGACCGCGUACUUACGUUCGACCCCGAGGAGAAAGACGCCUCCAGGGCCUUCGUCGAGCGUGGGUUUCUUCCACCAGGGACGAAACGAUACAAAGAUCGCCGCUUCAUAUUCGACAGGGUGUUCGACCACCAGGCGCGGCAGGAAGACGUGUAUUGCAACACGGCCAAACCCCUACUCAGCAAUCUAUUAGAUGGAUAUAAUGCGACGAUCUUUGCCUACGGUGCUACAGGGUGUGGCAAAACACAUACCAUCAGCGGCACCGAUGACGACCCGGGCAUUAUCUACUUGACCAUGGCCGACCUUUUCCAACGGAUAGGAGAUCGGCGGGAAGAAUACGUGACCGAAGUCGUGGUUACGUUCCUGGAGAUUUACAAUGAGGAGAUUCGUGACCUACUUGGGGAGCCUGGCAAACCGACGCCGCGUGGGGGCCUCCAGAUCCGGGAGGACAAGACAGUGAAAGUAGUGGGACUGCAGGAGCUUCGACCGAAGAGUGCGGACGAGGUGAAGGCUAUUGUCUUGCUUGGCAAUUCGCGGCGAACGCAAUCUCCCACCCACGCGAACGAAACAUCGUCGCGCUCGCAUGCAGUUCUCCAGGUGCAUGUCACACAGGCGCCGCGCACUGCAAACAUCACGGAGCAGAGGACAAUGGGAACCCUGUCCAUCAUUGACCUCGCGGGUAGCGAGCGCGCCGCGGCAACGACGAACAUGGGCCAGCGGAUGGUCGAGGGUGCGAACAUCAACAAGUCGCUGCUCGCCCUCGGGAACUGUAUCAAUGCGCUCUGCGAGAGCGGAGGCGCGGUACGACACAUACCAUACCGGAACAGCAAGCUGACGCGCCUUCUCAAAUUCUCCCUCGGCGGCAACUGCAAGACGGUCAUGAUCGUCUGCAUUGCGCCCACAUCGCUGCACUUUGACGAUACGCAGAACACCCUCGUGUAUGCCGAGCGUGCGACGCGCAUCAAGACGAAGGUUGUCACGCGCAACGUUGUCAACGUCGAUCGCCAUGUCGGGCAGUACGUCGAGGCGAUCAACCGACUCAACUUGGAGGUCGCGGAACUCAAGCAGAGGCUCGCUGGCAAACGCGACGCCGAGGCAGAGAAGGAGAAGCGUCGCCGGCAGGAGGCGGCGGCGGAGGUUGCACGUUCGAAGAAUGACAUGCAGCAGAAAGCAGAGCAGAUGCAAGCUUCCAUCGUGGACGGUGCAACUUGUGCAGGCAAGAUUGCCAUCGCGAAAGCGAAGCUCAAGGUCAUCCGCGCACGUCUGACCCAACUCGACGCAGAGGCGUCGUCCUCAUCCACACUCCCAGCCGACCUCGAGACGGAGCGGCAGUUGCUCAAAGCACUCGCGGGCCCAGAGGAGGAUGUCGUCAAAGCACAGUCCACGCUUAACACCCGUGUGCAGCGCUCCAGCAACGCUGACGCCAUGUUCGAUGCGACCCUGCGUGCUGUCAGCGAACGCAGGUCGGACAAACUAGACGAGUACGCAGUGGACAACGUGAAACUCGACGCUCGCUGGCGUAAGGCUGAGAUGGAGCGCGCGAAAGCGGAGGCCGGGAAGGAGGCCCUGCAGGAAGCAGUCACCACCCAGGCGGAGGCACUGGUCAACUUCAUCGGCCUGGUGAGCCGCUGCACAGUUAUGUUGGGCGAUGCCAGCCGGAUCCUUGCUACGGCCGUGGGGGAGGGGCGAGAUGGCAUGGAGGCCACCGUCAAAGCCCUGUCAUCCUCCCUCGGCAACGUCGCCGAGGGCAACGACGAAGCAUUCAAGGCACUCCUCGGGCAUUCGAUUGCUUCCUACGCCGUUGGCGCCGCUCCGUCAUCUCUUGCCAACUUCAACUUCAAGGCCUACCCUUCGACUCUCGGAAUCAGCAGGUCGGCUUCGGGAUCGGCGGCUCCGCAGCCCGGGAAGCCAAGGCUUUCGAGACGUUCUUCCUCUUACGGGUCCGCCGUACCAGCUUCUCCUUUGCGGAAGAAGAGCCCUCGUAAGUCACUGCGCUCUAGCCUUGCUCCGCCGUCCGUGCCAUACAGACGUGUCUCCGACAAAGACAAGGGCAAGAAGAAGGGGGUGCAAUGGCGAGAUGAAGCCGGGCAGGGCGACAUCGACGAUGGCGGGCUCGGUGCAACUGGUCCAGUUAUCACAGUGUCACCAGAUCUCGCAGAGACGUCCGUCGCCUCCGUCUUCGGCCCAAGCUCUACCACAUAUGCUGCAAAGCGCCCCACGUCCAGAGCCGGAUCUGAGAGCGAGUGGGAGGACGAGAAAACCGAUGAUAGCUUCAACAUCAGCUUCUCCCAGAACGCCUCACUGGAUGCAUCCGCCCCCUCCGCUGGCGCCGUCCGCAAGCGGCCAAGGGCCAACCGGCUCGACCCCUCUUUCCUGAAGUCGAAGUCCCGGGGCUCGAACCUCGAGAGUCUGACAGAGAAGGACGAGGACGUUACGAUGGGCUCGCCCGCGAAGCGGCCCCUGGGCGACCGUAACAUGAACCGCAUCCCCUCCCCAGACGGCUCUAGCAGCAGCUCGAGCACCAUGGACCCGCUCCACAUCCCGAAGGGCCGCGACAGGCACCACGGCAGCCCUGAGAGGCGUAUACCUAUGACGCCGAAGGUGGUCGGGAUCAGCAAGGGCGCGCGCCGGCGGUCGCAGAUUGGGCCUCUGCGCAGCGACCGGCCCCGGAGGCGGUCGAGCAUGAUCCCACAGCUGUCGCCGGUUGACCGCGACGGGAACGAUUCCGGCAACACGUCGCAGAUCCUCCACAAGAGCAUGUCCGGCGCCCGGCGCGUCCCCAUCAGUGGAGGAGAGCGGUCGCCGGCGAAGCGGGCGAAGAAGAUGUCGCUGCUGAGCGUGUCGUCUACUCGGAUGGUUGCCUCUGCCCGCUUGAAGAUGCCGGACGCUAACACCAGUGCCGAGAUGAGCUUCAACAAAUCAGCAGUGGGAGGGAAGCCAACCUGGAAGUGAGCCUGAGGAGCUGCGGCUUUGUUGUAUAAACAUAGAGUAUCACCAUGAUCAUGAUUCAGACGACUUGCCUGUGCCACCUUGUUUACUGUGAUCGUCGUUUGUCUGCGUUCGUGCAUUUUCGUUAUACGUGUCUUAUAUAUUGCUAUGUGUUCCGAACGUUGUUGUCUUAACAUGUCCUUGUUCGUGUCAUCUAUACCCUGUCGACUUUAUCCUUCAUGCAAACCAAUGGUAUUGCGUACACCACCUGGGAUUCAUACAA